AUGAUCCAGGCUUCCAUCGGCUUCAGUCAAUUCCGUGUCAAGGCUGCCUUUGACUACCAGGCGUUCCUGGUUGCGGACAUUACUUCACUUGAGUUUUUGAUGUACAAUGUGCGUCGCAGUCUUGAAGGGAGCGGCGACCGACUCGUGGCCAUCUUCGAUGGCGAUGCGGUGCAGAUCUUUGGCACGACCAACUCGGCGGCGCAGGGGCUGUCGCUCUACCAAGCUGUACAAAAGCUGAUCCAGGAGCGGCGGGCCAAUUUUGAGACAUCUCUGAAGGAGAUUGAAAAGUUCAUGAGGCGCCGGUCUCGCGGCAAUAGCAGCACGACGAUAUCAUCUCCUCAGACCUCGGCGCCGCCCAAAUUGCCAGUCGACGACACUCUGGCAAAGUCGCCCAUCUCCUUGGACACGGACGUGGUCGUGACAUUGAAGGCGCUGAACCUCGGCAUCUUCCCGAAUACGUUCUCGGAUCAUCAGGUCUUCAAGAUCGAGGCACUUGACGCACACGCAAGAUUUGCGGCGAGCAUGGAGCAGAGAAGGAUCCACAGCAUCCUCGACCUGACGUUGGGCCAGCUCCGGAUAGGACUCGCUGGGGUGCGCAACAGUGAAGCACCGAAGACGUUGAGUGAGAUUACUGUAGAGGACGUGGUUGCCCGGGCCACUGGACUCGCGGCGGAACCAUGA